AUUGUAACAAACGAGAUGAGCAAGAAAAUGUGGCACAAAAUAUUCAAAUCGAAGUCGCAGAAGCAGCAACAGCAGUUGAACAAAAUCAAUAAGCGUCACAGUCGCGGCCUCUACGAGGAGUAUCAGCAAUUAAAUGAGCUGCUCAAUGGUGAAAAAUCGCAAGUCGCGCGCGUUUCCAGUGAAAAUGAAAACGAAAACGGCAGCAGCAACAGUUGCAGCAGCAGCGGCAACAUCAAUGUAUUCGAGCAGCAGCCGCAGCAAAGUUCUUUCAACUCGCUGGCGCUUAGUGAGGCGCAACAGCAGCAGCAAAAGCAGCAACAAUCGCAACAGCUGUCAACAUUUUCGCGCGUACGCAACACCUUCUCACUGCGACGCAACAGCAACAGCAAUAACAACAGCAGCAGCAGCAGCAAUAACAAGAAGCAAACGCCCAAUGCCAAGUCAACGACAAUGGAGUCCGACGGUGAUGUGGAUGACGAGGUGGUGGGUCCACCGCCCGGUCCACUGACCACGGGCUUCUCCGAGAUCAUAGCGGAGCAGGUAGUCACCAGCAGCAGCUUAUCAGCCUGUCCCAACUGCAGUCGCACCUUCAACACGGAUGCACUGCGCAAACAUAUUGUCGUCUGCGAGAAGAUGAAGGCGAAGAAGCGCAAGCCGUUUGAUUCAUCGCGUCAGCGUCGUGAGGGCACAUCCUUGUCCACCUAUGUGCUGCCCAAGAAUUUCGGGCUGCCCAAUGCAGAGAAGGCGCCGGGCGUGCAUACGCCGCCCUCGGCCAGCCGCGAGACAUCCUCAGUGUCAAGCAGCGCUGUGCCGCAAGAGAACUCACCACAAUCAGCACGCCGCAAGGCCAAAGAUACGACACGAGGCUCAUUGCGUAAAGGAGGUGGGGCCACUGCAGCUGCCGCUGCUGCUGCUGCUCCUGCUGCUCCUGCUCAUGCCGAGCCGCCGGCAGCACCAGCGGCACCUGCAGCCGCUCCUCCUUCAUCGAGCCGGCCACGCGCCACAGAGCGUUCCAUAACCAGGCGCAUCAAGGACUCCGCCACGGAACAUUGUCCGCAUUGUGAGCGCAGCUUUAAUGUUAAGGCCUUCGAUCGCCAUGUCGAGUGGUGCAAGGAGAAGGCCAUUCAGGCGAAUAUGAAAGCUAGCAAUACCGCCGAGACGAGCAAGGCCAAGGAGCGUAUGGAGGCGCGCAAGAAGUAUCGUCCGCCCAAUCUCAAAACCAAGCGCUCCAUCAAUCGGGACAAGUACUCGGGUGCACAGGAAGAACAGUAUGAGCCAGAAGUAGAGCCCCCGAUGACGCCGUCCGUGCAAAGCGUUAACUCGCAAAGAAGUGCGCCACAGCCGCCGAUGAGGGUGCAACGCCCAGAAACUCCACAUGGAUAUGAUGCACCGCAGGGGAGAAACUCUCCAAUGCCAAUGAAUAACCAGUAUAAAGCUAAUACACGCAUGCUCGCCGAGGAGCCAUCGAACGUUGUCUACCAGGAACGGGGACAUAUGAGUGCAAGACGCAAACAGUACGAUGAGGAUGAAGCCGAUGAAGCCAUGGAGCGCAUGCGUCAUAAUCCUGCCUCCGAGACCAUGCAGGUGGCCAAAUUGGAUUGCGUCGAGGCGGCGCAUCUGCAGCCAGCCAGAUCCCAUCGCAGACCUUCAUCCCAUCGCGCGAAUGUCGAGUCUCCCGAGGUCAUGGCUGGCCUACCCCAAGUCACGAUGACUUUCGAGGAGCUCAAUGGUCUGAUCAAGCGUCAAGCACACGCAGGUGCCGCAAAUAUUUGCAACAUACAAAUGGAUAUUGAAGAUCCGGAAUUGAACGUAGCACCGAAGCUGCGUACAUCCACAUCGCUGGUGCGUCAAGCCCGUCGCCGCAUACGCACCCAUGAGAAUCCGAAUAUAAUUUUGCGUCCUCUGGAGCCGCCAAGCGAAUUUGUUCAUCAGCCGCACACUGAACAGCAAAGCCAUCGCUCGGCUCGAUCCCCAGCCCCAUUGCGUCGCAUUUCCAACGAUCAAUACUCUGGCUCCGAGGACGAGGAGGAAAACUUGCCGCAUGCCGAAAUACAAGUCAAGCUGGAGGCGAGCACCAUUCAAGCUGUGAGUCGUCCGAGGAAGCGUAUACAGCUGCCAGUCAUCCUGAACAGCGCGGAGCCGAUGCGCGCCUUGCCUCUUCCUGCUGCCAAUUAUUUGCCGGCUAUUGAUAUGAAAAGCGACUUACAGGACGAAGAUUUGGAAGAUGAAGGUGAACUGGAUUACGAUGAGGCUGACAUGGAAGUUGGUCAGCUACUCAGCAAGGCUAAGCUAUUGGAGGGUCACUACGAUGACGAACUGGACGAUGCCGAGGAGGAACAGCCCGCGGUGGUGCCAAGGAGUGUCAAGGGCCGCAGUACACCAUCCAAUCUUAGUCGACGUAUGGUAGUGGUGGAACAGGAUGAAGAAGGCACCAUGUACAUUAGGCAGCAGCGAUCGCCGACGAAUAGCAAACGAUCAGUACGAUCGCUCACCAAGAGGUCGAAUUCGAGUUUAUCAAUUGGUGGCGAAUCAUUCAAAUCGGCACAUGCCAACACUGGCUCCUACAAGACACCAAAUAGCAGCGGCUCCUACAAAACACCGCCGAAUGGCGCUUUCAAGACGCCGUUGACCAGCAGCGACGAGAAGCUGGAGCGCCAGCUGUCGAAUGCCUCCGCCACCAGCAGCAACAGCAACUACCAUGGCGAGAAGGGGCAGAAGUCUAUGGACGAAUCAAGCAAACGUGAAAUAUUUAUAAGCAUUGAAACUGAGGCCAAUGCACAAGGGCGUUCGCCCAUCUCACCGGACUCACUGCGUCACAUGGUUGGCAAUGCACAGACGCCCAUCGAUGUGCUACAUAUUGAGAACGGCAACGAGCCGGAGCAUGCUAAGUUCAGCAAAAUUAGCGACAACGAGGAUCAGUUCGAUGAUGAGACUGGGCGCGUUCAUUAUCAGAAUCGGGUGAGCACAGCUGUGACAUCACCACUGCCCAAUGUAGAGGCAAACAAUGCCAAGAAUGUGAUAGAGAAAAUGCGCAACGAUUUCAAACAGCUGGGCGAGGAGGCGAGCGCCUCGGUGCGUCGCGAUAUCUUGCAACGCCAGGAGCAAGUGCAGCAAAAGCAACAGGAUGUAAAGGCAACGACGCAAUCGCCAUCAGGAGAUUCGGAUGAGCUGAGUAGCCUUGAUGGAUAUCCGAUGUCCUCAUCGCAAUCAUCACGUCGCGGAGCUAGUUCCAAGCUUAGCACUGACUCAGCUUACGGCAGCAGCAACUCUCCAUACUGUCUGUCCCGUCAGCGCUCUAGUGAGCUGCAGUCUAACAAUAAUACGCCGCGCACCCCGGGCCAAUCGCGCCCACACACUGCAAGCGGAGCUCCAGCCAUGUCCCCCAAACAGUCCAACAGCAUGAUGGAUGCCUCAACGCAGGCACAAAGCAACUAUGGCACACUGAAGGCGCGCCAGCGCAUGUUUGCACCCAAUGGUCUCGGCAUUAAUACCGAUGCUGGCAACGGCAACGGCAAUAUGGAAUAUUCCAGCAGCAGCUCGGAGCAGCUGAUGCAGCAACAGGAGCAGCACCAACAGCAUCACAAGCAAAACUCAAAUUAUAACUACAUACAGCAACAGCAAUCUCAGCCUCAGGUAGCCAACAAUAACAACUACGAACUUAACGCAUUGAACUUAAAGAACAACAACAACAAUAAUAGUGGAGGUGUUGGUUUAACGCCUACGACAUCUCAGCACUCCCUGCACAGCAGCAAUUCGAAUGUUUCUAUGAAAAUGUCCAAGUUUUGUCACGAAUGUGGCGCCAAAUUUGUGCUAGAGCACGCCAAGUUUUGCAUGGACUGCGGCGUUCGACGCGUCGUGCUCUAAGCUCAUUGAAACCGCUACACAUACAGACACGCCACACACGCACGCACACACACACUUAUGCAAAGCGUUGCUGAGGUGGGAGGAUUAAUCUGUGUUGGUCAGGCAGGAGCGGUUAGUGGAAAAGUAGUGGAGGUUCUUAUACCAAAUGUAGUUCUUACCUGAGAGAUCGA